GAAGAAGGAAGGGAAAUUGCAGGUGCUUCCUUUACGGCACUGCAUUUUUUAACCUGAUUUCAGUGUUUUGCCUUGAAAGCGCAGCUGCUCUUUGGCUCAUGCUUCAAAGCCUGAACUCUUCCCAGCUUCGAAGGAGGGAGGGAAAGCAAUUGUAUGGUUGGGGUUGGCUGGAUUAACUGGCUCUUAUUCAGAGGGAACUUGGCAGAUCUAUUUUGCUUUUGUUGAACCUCUCUACAGCACAKCAUAAAGAUUUCCUAGGUCCAGAAGCUGCAGAAAAGACAACUGAKCAGCAGAAAAAUGUGAGUCUGAGAAGAGACUUCAAGCCUUCUGAUGAUAAAUUUUCUACUGAUCAGUUCUAAUUUAAAUACAUAACCGAAGCAUGCACAAAAGUUACACUGAUAGAGGAAAACACUGUCUUGUUAAUUAGGACAGCCAAAAAAAAAAAAAAAAGUAGUCACCUGAAGCUUCAAAAUGAGUGCUCCACUAAUUCCAAACAAGUCAUGUUAUUCCCAGCUUCAGGACAACCGCAGUGAAAUAAGAAACAAUAAUGAAAGCAUAGUGAGCAUUGGGGAUACCAAUGCCAACCAAAUUGUAACAAAAGUUAGAGCCACUGAUGGGGAUGUUAAGAAACAUGAUUUGACAGAUGRGAGUGGGAAUAUAUAUUCUGGAGGAACAGAGAAAAUUUCUCAUCUGCCUACAGAACAGAAUAAACUUCUGACCUUCAAAGACUCUCGGACCUGUCACAGCAGCGUACAGGAAAGCAAGCUGCCCUCUACCACAAGCAGGGAAAUGGGGAAGGAUUGUAGGAGCAGCGAAGCUAAGGAUUUAUCACGGCAUAUCAGGAUUAGCCGAGGACAAAGUYUGUCCAAUUUAAAAAGUAGCACAAAUGAUACCAGCCUGGAGGUUGUCUCCAAAGGUGAUGUUGACUUCACCCAGAACUUUUUUAAGGGAAAAAUUUCCAGGACUGUGGAGGUGGAGAGAAUAAAAAGGCUUUCUUUGGGAAGACCAAGUAAAUUCUCUUCUCAGCCUGAAACAUUUGCGAAAGAUGUUGGCCGCGUGUCGUGCAAACGUCUGCUUUCUGCAUCACUGGACUCCAUUGACAGGUCUCACCAUUUGGUAGGAAGUACAGAGAAAUCACAAAAAACAUCCACGGACCAUUUUCUUGGGAUGGUGUUUCGUCCACUUGACAAUACCUCAGACGAAAAUACUGUAUUUUAUUCCAAACAAUCUACCUCAGGGAACAGGAAAACAAGCAAACCAGAAAAUGUACCAAAUGUUAGCAYUGAAAGCACACUGCAUGCUUCUCAUUCUCAACAUUCAGCUGUUAAGCUGAAUGAGGUUGCUAGUAAAUCAGAAGCACAAUUAGGUCAGGGUGAUAAAAGUAAAAAACUGGAGCUUAAGUCUGCACCAUCUCUACAAUACAAAAAUACGUGUCCACAAAAGAUAGAGAGAAUUAUGUUGGUAGAGCUCCUGGAGGGUCAAAGAGCUGGAAAUACAGCAGCACAGGAAAAGAAAGGCUCUGGGUCUGACAUGUCAAAAUUUCAAGUGUCCCAUUCUCAAGACACUUGUAAUAAAGUAGAGGACCCAUUGUCAARCCAGGGGUUAACUCAUCCUGAUGAUAAAUUGCAAAGUGGUAACAUCACCAUCAGUGAGGAAGGGAGAGGAAGCAAUGACAGUGACAGCAGGGCAAUCAGCCAGGCCAGUGAGGAAUAUUCCACUGAUGAAGAAAUGGAAACAAUAUUUCCACUCACCUGCAGUAGUAAAUGCACUAUUAAAGUGGCAUCUAAAAAAAACAAAAAUUUGCUUGAAGCUGACACAGGUUGCACUGAGACAGCGGGUGAACAGAUAUGUCCUGUACUAAAUACUAAUCCACCUGACAGCAAGCMCUUGAAAUUUAAUGAGAAUAAAGUGAUGCUAGUCAAAGAAAGCACUGAGGCUGCUUCUGUGCCUGCCCCUGAUCCCUCAGAUCAUCACAGAGCAGGUAAUGCAGAGACAGCAUCAAACCAACAACCUGACAGUCACAGCAGUCGUGUGGAAACCUCAAGUGCUUCAGUUUCAAGCGAAGAAACAGCUAAUGGACAGAAACAUCCUCCGGAGGAAGCGCCAGAGAGCUGUAACCUUCCAGCAAAGGCUGAUGUCUUUUUAUGUGUCCCAACUCCCGUGUGCCCGGUGACAACGCUGGAUGUUAAUGGUCAGCCCAYGCUACCAAACAGUGAUUUGAAGGAUCUUUAUGCACUUCAUCAUGACAAACUGUCACCCUCCUCAGUCCUACCUCCCACUGACAGCACACAGUUGUUAAACAUAUCCCCCAAAGUGCCUAUCAAGACUGCUUGCAGCAGCGCCAUCCCAAAACCUAUCUUGGUCCACCCCAAGGGCUCUUUCACAGAUAAGGUCAAUGUGGACAGUGACUGCAAUGAAAAGGUGGAAGAAAGCAUSGAGAUAAAACCUGCCAUUCCCCGGCCCAAACCUGUGAGACCUAAAAUCAUCACAUACAUCAGGAGAAACCCUCGUUCAAUGGAGCAGCUUGACCCUUUGCUCGCACCGGCAGGGCUGCCCUUCGACGGUCCUGCGUGCAGCGUGCCCAUCUCCGCAGAACAGAAGGCGGCCAACGGAGGGGAGGCGAAACCCACCAGCAKCCUAUACGACAAAUUUAAACCUGACCUGCAGAAGCCAAGGCUCUUUGGCCCUGGACUAGUGGUGUCAGGAAUUAGGCCCCCGGGUCAUCACUUCAGUUCGAUGAGCGAGAAGUUUCUGCAGGAGGUUGGGGAAAGGCCUGCGAAAGAUGAGUUCUGCCCUCCACCAUACGCUCACUACGAGGUCCCGCCAAGCUUUUAUCGCUCUGCCAUGAUACUCAAGCCUCAGCUGGGACUGGGAGCAGUGUCCCGGCUGCCAUCUGCCAAGAGCAGGAUUCUCAUCGCGAGUCAAAGAUCCUCAGGUAGCUGUCUCCAUCAGCAAGGAGAAAUACCAGGUGCUCCCAGCCUCUACCAUCCUGAUGCUUCAGUUGAUCUUAAGAAAGGAUCAUGUCCAAGUGCUGCAAAAUCGAAUCUUCCCAAGCCCUGCCCAUCUGGACUUCGUCCUCCAGGUUAUUCACGGUUGCCAGCAGCUAAGCUGACCGCAUUUGGUUUUGUCAGGACCUCAAGUGUGUCCUCUGUCUCCAGCAACCAGUCAAACGACAGCGCUCAGAGUGACCAAAGCAGGACAACCAACCGUUCCAGCCUUGGAAAUGAAGAGCAGACCACCCCUAGGGCAUCUGCACCCUCUAAAGAUGUUCCCAAGGGGAGCAGCAAGAGCACGACUCAGGUGUCGAGCAGCACAGCGACUCCACGCAGGAGCCUUCUGCCGGCACCAAAACCUGCCACCGCACCGGCUGGUGUGAAGAAAGAAGUACAAAAAGAUCAGGAUGCUAACAGACCAGCUGUCUCAUCUCCCAAGAAAUCAGCAGUAACAGCCACAAAACUCCAUUCACCAGGACAUCCCAAGCAAAGGCCAACCACCCCAAAGAAUGGAUUCUCCCCCAAACCAGGAGAAGGUCGAGACACUGAAAAGCAGCUCAUUCAGAGGUUGAAGGAAAAGUGUGAUGAGCAGUCCCGGCGAUUAAUCAAUAUCCAAGAUGAGCUUAAAAGGGCCAGCUGUGGCUUUGAUGUCUUUGCUAUAACCACACAGUACUUUUUCAGGCAGAAUGAAAACGCCCUUGCGAAAAUAAAGGAGUUAGGAGUCGAGCUUGCAAAGAUCAGGGAGGAAGUUGACCUCAGCACGGCAAGAUGGAAGAAAAUCCUGAGCGAGAAGGAGGAGCUGGAGAGGUGCUUCGAGGAGGAGGGGAAGCAACUCCGCCGGCAGCAACGGGAGGAGAUGCAGGCAUUGGAGCAGCGGCUGCAGGAGGAGUACAACACCAAGAAGGAGAGCCUGCAGGAGCAACACAGGCUGCAGCUGGAACAAGCCAAAUUGCAGCAUCAGGAUCAGGUGGAAGAUAUCACAGCUGUCCAUGAAGCUGCGAUGUCACAGCUGGAAAAUAACCACAUAGUGGCCAUUACAGUACUGCAGGAUGAGAAUGACUGCAAGAUUCAAGAACUGAAUACUGCUCACAAACAGGAAAAGGCACAACUGGAAGAGACUUUUGAAAAACUGCGUCUGUCACUCCAGGACCAGAUAGACACCCUCACCUUCCAGAAUCAAUCCCUUAAGGCCAAAGCAGACCGGUUUGAAGAGGCUCUGAAGAAAAACACUGAGGAACAACUGAAGAUUGUGCGAGCUCCAUAUCUGCACUUAGAAAAAGAUCUGAAGAGCUUAAAACAUGUUCUGGAAAUGAAGAAYCUCCAGAUUCACCAACAGGAGAAGAUGAUUAUGGAGCUAGAAAAACAGGUUGAAAAAAAUUUAAAACUGGAAGAAAAAAUCACUAUGCUGCAACAGCAGAACGAAGAACUCAGAGCCAGGAUUGAGCAAAAUACUGUCAUAACAAGGCAAUUGUCAGAGGAGAAUGCAAAUCUUCAAGAAUACGUUGAGAAAGAAGUGGAGGAGAAGAAGAAGCUCAGCAGGACUAAUGAAGAGCUCCUCUGGAAGCUGCAGGAGGGAGAUGCCGUGAGCCCUGUCAAACUCCCACCUGCACCGUCCACUCCUUUUUAUCGCUGCUCAUCAGGGAACUCCUCUCCAGCAAAAGUCAGAACCUUGCGGCGAUGAAUGGGCAGCUGUGCCCCAAAGGUUCCCUGCCUUUUAUGCAUUUCUAAUGUGCAAAAUGUCACCAUCCAAGGAAGCACUACCAUCAACAGGUGCCCAGGGCUCAUGGCUGCAAGCAURUUCAGUAGCUACAUAGUUUUACACUAGGCAGGGUACUCCUACAGUCCCACAUAGAAACUCUUGGUUCUGACAUGUCGAUUAGAGUYGCAAAAAAGAUAGAUAAAAGCUAGAACAGCAGAAAGUUAGGAUAGCAAAAGGUUUAGUUUGAUGUGUGAACAUUUUAACUAUGGUUAGAGCCAAAAGCUGGGAAAUGCUCUAUUAAUGGUUCAUCAGAAUGAACUUUUGCUGCAGUAUUUCAGGUUAGUUACAAAUAUAGUUGAAGUUGUGAAUAUUUCUGUAUAUGUGUCUGUGUUUAUAUACAUGUACGUAUUGUACCUUUAUACCUAUAUAUAGAUGCACACACAUAUGUAUGUAGUUGAAGAUGUUCUGAAUUGCAUUUUUUUAUAUUAUUGGAUACUACUAAGUGCUGAUAUAUUUUCAUUACAGUCAGCAGUUUUCUAACUCGUGCCUAAGACUUGUAUCUAAACAAAMUGCAUUUCUGUUUAGCCUCCCAGGAGUAUUUAUACCCAACCGAGAAGAAAGUUACACAGAAGUAGAAGCGCCUUCCAAGUGACCACCAAGUGGUACUCUAUGUAACAUGAACACCAGCGAUUUUGAAAUUCUGAGACAGUACUGCCUUGGAAACCAUCACUUUUCCAUUGAACAGCAGAAAAUAUAUGCAUACCAUCCACUGCUUUUUAACUCUUAGUAUUGAUAUUGUAAGUGGAGAUAGGCUAGAGAUGAGAAAACUGAGGGUUUUAACAAUUUUGGUAGUUACUGGUUAACAUGGUUCAAUUAUAGUGUCUUUAAAUCUUAGUCAGAUCUUAUCUUGUUUUACCUUUUCGUGGUUUGGAUGCAAUCCAAAAUCUCUGGCUUUAGGUUCCUGUCUAUCUGGUUUUAUUUCAAGUCCCAGAAGCAAGAAGGAGAAAAUAAGUUGUUCAUCCUUGACCUUUGCUGGAUGAGAGGUUUCCAAUAGUUGGAUGAAUACUGGGCACCGCUAGGGCUCAAGCUUCCUUUGACCUCACAUGUCAAAUAGAGCAUAGCCAAGUACGUGGGCGCAAAUGAGGUCAGAAUUUCUUUCCUUCCACAUAUCUGCAUUAUUCCACAUUGCUAAACUUAACCAAAUUUACAGAGCACUUUGAAGAUUCAUGGAAAUAAGUGGCUAAACUACCUUUAACUUUCCCAUCCAGAAGCAGAAAUGUUCACCCAGGCUUGGCGUGUCCUCCCAUCUGAGGGGAUGGUGAGGCCAAGAAGUAGUUGGGGUGGGACUGUCUGCAGGGCCCUCAUGGGCAUUGCUGGCAAGAUAAAAAUAUCCCUGAGCUUWAUUUAAAAAACAAAAAUCUGUGGGAUGCUUUUUUACCCAGCUUAGGGCAAAGAGCCUGCAUGCAGGCCUGCUCUGUGCACUGGGGUCAAAGUUAGCAGGGAGACAGUUUCUGGAAGAAAUCCCUGGGGUGCAGGAGUGCUGCAGGGGCGGGUGGCUUUUCCACACAGGCCCUGCAUCCACAAGGGUGGCAUUGCACAGCCCUGCCACCCUGUUCGAGUGGGAGCUGUGCUUCAGCUUUCCUGGGAAGUACUCAGGAUUCACAGACUGCAGCUUAGAUACUGCUUCAACCACCAUCAAAACACCUGUGGCCUGUUCCACAGUGUUAAAAWAACUGAUUCUUUUUUCUCCUUUUUAGAGAAAUUUAUUUUUGUAGCAGCUUUUGCAUGGUACUGUGAUGCUGAGUAAUUGAGCAUCUUGUUAGAAUAGAUCAUGCCACACCAGUUAUUACUGUUGAAAUGCAUUGAUAGAUUUUAGUGUGUCCAGCAAGUACAACCUAAAAGUAAGAUAGAUACCUAGCAUAUACAUGCACACAAAGCCCCUUCUUGCCAAGUAUGACUUUAAUCACCUUGAUACUUGCUAACUGCACAGAUAUUUGCAAUAUCUACAGCAUUGUCAUCUUUCAUCUCACCAAUAUAAUUCUGACACAGUGAGAUCACAGAAUCAUAGGUGAUUUGGGUUAGAAGGGACCUUCACAACCAUCUAAUCCAACCCCCACUGCUAUGAGCAGGGACACUUUUCACUAGAUCAGGUUGCUCAGAGCUCCAUCCAGCCUGGCCCUGAACACUUCCUGGAAUGGGGUGUCCACUUCUCUGGGCAGCCUGCUCCACUAUCCCACCACUCUCAUUGUAAAAAUUCUCUAUCUCCAAUCUAAAUCUAUCCUCUUUCAGUUUAAAACAGCUGUCCCUUGUCCUGUCACUGCAGGCCCUGGUAAAAAGUCUCUCCCCGUUUUUCUCAUAGGCUCCCUUUAAGUUCUGGAAAGCUGCUAAAAGGUCUCCCCCGAGCUUUCUCCAGUGUGAACAACUCCAACUGUCUCAGCCUGUCUUCAUAGAAGAGGUGCUUCAGCCCUCUAGGAUCUUAGUGGCCCUCCUCUAGGCCCACUCCAAGAUGUCCAUGUCCUUCUUACAUCAGGGGCCCUAGAGCUUGAUGCAGCACUCCAGGUUGGGUCUCACAAGAGUGGAGUAGAGGGACAGAAUCCCCUCCCUGGUCCUGCUGGACACGCUCCUUUGGAUGCAGCCCAGGACACAAUUGGCUUUCUGGGCUUUGAGCACCCAUUGCUGGUUCAUGUCCAGCCCCUCAUCCACCAGUAUUUUCAAAUUCUUCUCAGCAGGGCUGUUCUCAAUCUCUUCAUCCCCCAGCUUGUAUUCAUACCAGGGCUUGCCCUGACCCAGGUGCAGGACCUUGCACUUGGUCUUGUUGAACCACAUGAUGUUCACAUGGACCCACCUCUCAAGCCUGCCCAGAUCCCUCUGGAUGGCAUCCCUUCCCUCCAGUGUAUCAGCUGAAGCACUCACCUUGGUGCCAUCCGCAAACUUGCUGUGGAUGCACCUGAUCCCACCAGCUGCAUCGUUUAAGAUGCUACACAGUACCCAUCCCARUGCUGACCCCUGAGGGACACCACUUCUCACUGACUGCCAUUUGGACAUUGAGCUGCUCUGGAUGCAACCAUCCAGCCAAUUCCAUAUCCAGCUGCCAUCCAUCAAAGCCGUAUCUCCCCAGUUCAGAGACAAGGAUGUUGUGUGGGACUAUGUCAAAGACCUUGUGGAGUCCAGAUAGAUGACAUCAGUUCUCCUCCCUCAUUCACCAGCACAGUCACACCACUAAAGGUGGCCAUCACAUUAGUCAGAGUGGCGUGUUGGUAGUUUCUAGGAUUCUCCUUUUACCCUUUGUAAAAGUGAUUGAGAUAUACAACUGGAGUUAUUACCAUGAUACUACACUAAAUGCACUAAAGCAUAUUAUUGGCCCAGGACAGAUUGAUUCAUCUUUCCCCUUUAUAUCUGGUUUCCUUAUAACUUUGUUGGUUUAAAGUCAUAUUCAAGAGAUGCUUCCAGUAGUGAAUUGGGAGUGGGGCUUUUAUGGUGGGAAAACUGGGACCGAACCCAGCUCCAUCAUAAUUUGGGUAUCAUUGCCAAUCCUUUUCCCAUCUGUUUUUUGCCUCCCAAUCCUGCCUCUCACUGGGUUCUUCCUUGGCACACACUCUGGGGUUUGCCUAAUUGCUAGCAAAGCUGCAGGAAAUUUUGCCUACCCAGAGGGACCCAGCAACCUGUCCCUGAGGGGAGUGUGAAGGGCAGCUCUUUCUGGUGCAAGCCCAGAAACACRGACUUUUUCCCCAAAAAGGGUUAUUCCUUUUUUAUACUUUUCCUCUGUCCUGUCUUUCUUUGCCUCAGAGUGCUAAAGUAGGUGCAAAAGAAAAGCCCAGGUCGCUCAGACAGUGGGAGGCAGCAGCCCCUGAAUGGGGCAGCCAUUCCCAGGGAAUGAAGACCCCCCAGAUGCAUGGCCAAGCUGCUAAGCCGUGCUCUUGCCAGGGAGCUGCAACUGUGCAAGGUGAGCUUGGCAUUCCCAGUGGGGUAGGGGCCCAUCUCYAGCCCAUGCUUCCUGGCCAUACCUGUUCAAAGGCAAACAAGRGGAAGUGUUUGCUUUUGCAAGGCUGGAGACUUCCCGAACGCCACGCCCAUGCAGGGGCUUUCCCAUUUGAAAUGGAAUGGCCUUUGGCUGGAGAGGAAACAUAGCCAGCACUGAACAGAAAGAGUUUUAUCACCUUUGUCUUUACAGAAGCUGUUUGAUUUCAUUAAUCUUUACUCAGUGCAGAAGGGUGUAAUAAAAAUAGCCUACAGCUGCUCCCAAGAGGCUCCAGAGAUGGGUAUUGGCAGCAGGUAUCAGCCAUGGGAUGGCAGGAGAGCUGGCAGCGAGCAGCAGGCAUGGAAAGCUCCUUUUUAUUGUGGGGAGGUACCAUUUGACCCUGCUGGGAUGGCACCUCCUGCGAUUGCCAGCACAGACAGUUUGGCUCAGUCGAUGCACAGUGGCAAAGGCUUGUGGUGGUGGGAGGUGGUGGGGGAGGGAAAGGAAAAACUAUCAAGUGCAAAAUCAGGUAUUUUAUGUCUCUGCACUGAUGGUGGUUGUGUCCCAUGGACACUCUGAGRAGCCUCUGUACAGUUUCCCAAGCAGCAGGAGUUCUGUGGUCCCAUUUAUUAUGUGGCUAAUGAUUACAGGAAGAGUUUGUAUUAUUUCAGUUACAAUGUACAGAUAAGUGUAAUAUAUUCCUGAUAAUAAAUCCGUGUGCCAGUGCACCUGCGUGCUGACACA